AUGUUUCACUCCCAAAUACUCGUGCUAAGCACGUUGCUAUGUAUGUCCUUAUGUGCAGAAGACUUGACAUUCCCUCCGGGCUUUAGAUUUGGAGCAGCGAGUGCAGCAUACCAAGUAGAAGGCGCCUGGAACAUCAAUGAUAAAGGAGAAAAUAUCUGGGACAGAUUCGUACACACUAAACCAGAGUACAUUACUGGUGCUGCUACUGGCGACGUGGCCUGCGAUUCUUACCAUCUGUGGGAACGGGACAUUGAAAUUGCCAAGGAACUUGGCCUACACUUUUACAGGUUUUCGAUAGGCUGGAGUCGUCUGUUACCAACAGGUUUCGCAAACUAUGUCAGCGAGGACGGAAAAGAAUACUACAAUAAAUUAAUAGACGGUCUCUGGGCAGAAGGUAUUGAACCAGUUGUGACUUUAUAUCACUGGGAUUUACCGCAGUCGCUGCAGGAUCUUGGCGGUUGGACUAACCCUUUGAUCGUCGACUGGUUUGGUGAUUACGCUAGAAUCGCCUACUCUCUUUACGCUGAUCGGGUUAAGCUAUGGCUGACCAUCAAUGAACCGCUUACAUUUUGUGAUGCAAAUUACAACACUGGGACUUUAGCACCUGGCAUCAUAAGUACAGACCAUGGAGCUUACUUGUGCAAUAAAUAUACAUUACUUGCUCAUGCUAAGGGUUACAGGAUCUAUGAUGAAGAGUUCAGACCCAAAUAUCAUGGUGAAGUAUCACUCGCUAACCACUUGACAUGGUUUGAACCUUGGACAGAAGACGAUGCGGAGUUAGCUGAAUUAGCUAUACAGAACUGUGCAGGAAGAUACUCGCAUCCGAUUUUUUCCAAAGAGGGAGGAUGGCCUCCUAGUAUUGAAAAACUCAUGACGGAAAAUAGUAAGAAGAAGGGGUAUUUAAAGUCUAAUUUCCCUGCUUUUACUAAAGAAGAAAUCGAUUUUAUAAAAGGAACUUACGAUUUUUACGCGAUGAACCAUUACACAAGCCGCAUCAUUCGUAAGGCAAAAGAAGGCGAAGAGCUGAGGCCCUGGCCCGUUGGAGAUGCUCCUGAUCUUGAUGCUGUUAUGGGGGGUCUGCCUGAUUGGGAGCAGACAUCCUCUUAUUGGUUCUUUGUGUUCCCACCUGGAAUUCGUAGACAACUCGUAUGGUUAAAGAAAAAUUAUGGCGACAUGAAAUUUUUGAUUAUGGAAAAUGGCUACUCAGGUGUAGAAGAAUUGAAUGAUCAGAAGAGAAUUAACUUUUACGAAAGUUACUUAAAAGAGCUCCUGUUGGCAAUCAAAGAAGAUGGCGUUAAUCUGACACACUACGCUGCCUGGACAAUGCUUGAUAACUUUGAAUGGACGGAUGGAUACAGCUCGAAAUUCGGCCUUUACCAAGUUAACUUCACAGAUCCGAACCGGACUCGUACCCCUCGAGCCUCGGCCUUCUACUACAAGAACAUUAUAAAGAGCCACUCACUGGAUGUAGAAAAACCCACUGUGGAUGAAGUGCAUCAAGUGGUAAACCUCUGA